ACACACACACAGGACUUUCUCUCUCCACAGCUUGGAGACCUGUCGUGCUCGCAACCCUUAUCCUUAAAUUACGCAGCUCCCAGCUUCCAAAAUCCCACAUUUUUCUCUUUCCACCCUUUUUUCCCAAUGGCCUUGUUUUGGAGUGAUUUGCGCACAGCAGCGCAAUAGUUAAUGAGUGCCGGAUGCGCCCUCGCUCCAGCAGACCGCUACAGUACGAAGAUGGCGUCGGAGGGAGCCAGUGGAGAGCAGCCUCCUCCGGUACAAACCCUGGCCACCGCCGUGCUGGGGAGUGUGGACACGAAAUGUGAGUUCAACAUGGAUAACCUGAGCAAGCCCGAGCUGCUCACCCUGCUGAGCAUCAUGGAGGGAGAGCUGGAGGCCCGCGACCUGGUCAUCGAGGCCCUGAGGGCCCAGAGGAAGGAGGUGUUCCUGCAGGAGCGAUACGGUCACUACAGCCUGACGGACCCCUUCCUGGCUCUGCAGAGGGACUUUGAGUCGGGGGUCCCUGGAGGAGACGCUGAGCGGCGGCCCCUGGGCUCCAGCCCCAUCUCCGUGCUGGAGGCCGUCAUGGCGCACUGCAGGAAGAUGCAGGAGCGCAUGUCGGCUCAGCUGGCCGCCGCCGAGAGCCGCCAGAAGAGGCUGGAGAUGGAGAAGCUGCAGCUGCAGAGUUUGGAGCAGGAUCACCGUAAGCUGACGGCGCAGCUGAAGGACGAGCGUGAGAAGAACAAGCACAUCGUCAUGAUGCUGGUGCGCGAGUGCAAGCAGCUGGCCACGCGGGUGGUGGAGGAGUCGCAGCGCUUCGACGAGCUUCAGGCCCGUCUGGACGAGGAGAGCCGAGCCUCGGGCCGGCUGCAGGAAGAACUCUCCACCGAGCGGCAGCGCAGCCAACAGAUGGAGGCCAAGAUGGAGAAGCAGCUGUCGGAGUUUGACACGGAGCGAGAACAGCUGAGAGCGAGGCUGGGCCGCGAGGAGACGGAGAGCCAGAGUCUACGGCAGCAGGUGGAGCAGCUUAGGACUGAACCGGGCGACGGGAAGGACGCUGAAGUCGCCGUAGAACCUGCUGCAGAACCUGCCGUAGAACCUGCCGUAGAACCUAAAGCUGCUGCAGAACCCACACCACCCACACCUAAAGCUGUGACGUCUGUGUCCGUAGCCACAGAGCCCAUCAGUUCCCGAACAGCGUCUUCUCAAACGGACAACCUGCCCCCGACUGAGGUGGACGGUCCUAUCUCAAAGAAGAGCCCCCUCACUGUCCCCGUCAAACCGACCCCCGUCAACUACGUGGGGCUGAGUCUGCCGAAGACGAGCGGGCGGGGGCUCGUCCACAGCAGCUCGGGGGGUCUCGUCCAGACGGAGAACGGUUCCGAGGGCCAACCCGCCCACGGCCUCCCCACCGGAGUGAGCCCUCGCGUCCAGGCUGCCCGCUACAAGUUCCAGGAACAGGACCAAAACGGCACGUCGUCCCAGAGUCCCCCGGCCCGGGACCUGUCGCCCACCAACCGGGACAACUUCGCCGCCAAACAGCAAGCCCGGCACACCGUCACCCAGGUGUUGUCGCGCUUCACCAGCCCCCCCGCGGGAGGACCCAUGCGUCCGGGUCUCCCUCACUCCGCCUCAGAAGGAGGACCUUUCCCCGGACGCCUGAGCCACCCCAUCGGCCUCAAGUCGCCCACGGUGGCCAGGAUCGACCGGGGAAACCCUCCUCCCAUACCUCCCAAAAAACCAGGGCUUUCCCAGACCCCCUCUCCCCCUCACCCCUCCAUGAAGGGGGGAGUGGGGGACCGUUCCUCUGGGGGAAAACCGGCCACUCCCCAGCUGCCGCCAAAACCCGCCCUGGACCUGGUCCCAGCCCUGAUGGCCUCUCAGGUGGGUGCCUGCUUCUCCCCGGGGGGCUUCCGGACCUCUGCAUGUGCAGAGUGCCCCCCCGUCAUCAGCCCCGCCUCCACUGUCAGUAGCCCCUCCUCCAUAAACCCCCCCUCCUCCUCCACCUCCACCUCCUCCUCCAUUAGUGCCUCAUCCUCCCGUAGCCCCCGAGCCUCAGCAGGCAGCCCCCUGGCAACAGCAUCAGGCUGGUGUCCCUCCGUAGUCCCCCCCCUCGGCGGCGGAGGCCCUGCUGCCCUGGACGGCGGGCGCCCCCUCCUCCCCCAAGCUGCUUCCCAGGGAAAUGUCACUUUAUUGUCAAUGCUGCUUAACCAACCAGACCCGACCACCAUCACCAACACCACUACCAACACCACCACUACUACUACUACUACUACUACCAACAACACCACGGAGAACAACAAUCAUCCAGACCAAGACCUCCACCACAACCACUACCAAACCGCUGCCUUGUUUGCUGCUGCUCAAAAUGGACACACAGAGUGUGUGAAGCUGCUGCUUUCUGCUGGAUCGCCUGCUGACGUCUCGGAUGAAAAUGGAUUCACACCUUUACACUUUGCCGCCGCCCACGGACACAGCAGCUGUGUGGAGGCGCUGCUGUCUGCAGGAGCUGCUGUGGGUGUGGCGGCGUCGGGGGGGCAGACCUCUCUCUUCCUGGCGUGUGAAACAGGAAGUCUGGAGAGUGUCCGCGUCCUGCUGAGCGCCGGGGCCGAGCGCUCACUCUGCACCGCCGACGGCUGCUCGUCUCUCCACGCCGCCGUGCGCUCCGGACACGUGGACACGCUGCGCCUCCUGCUCUGCUACCGGACGCAGGGUGACCCCCCCUCUGUGACCUCUGACCCCCCCGCUGUGACCUCUGACCCCCCCCUCGCUCUACCUGAAGCCCUGCUGAACCGGGACAACAGCGACGGAUGGACGGCCGCUCACAUGGCUGCUGCCCUCGGCCUCAAGGAGUGUCUGGAGGUGCUGUGCAGCCACAGUGAGCAGGACAUCGAGCGGAGGGAUAAAUGCAAUCGCACUAUUCACGACGUGGCUACUGAUGACUGCAAAGACCUACUGGAAAACCUCCACUCGUACCGGGUGCUGGUGCUCCUCCAGUGUUCAGGUGGAGGAGGUCUGGGCUCCAUGUGUCCGGUGGAGGCUCUGGAGGAGGAGGCUCAGCAGGGGGUCCACCCUCUGGUUCUGGGCCGGGUGACGGUGCACCGGGACACGCUCUGGAGCCAGCUGAGAUCCAGCCUCUGCUCCUCCUUCACCUCCUUCCUCUGCUCUGUCUGCGGGGAGGAGGAGGAGGAGGAGCAGCGCCCUCCGCUGGGCCUCAGCUCCAGCAGCAUCGCCUCCUUCAUCAUAGGAGACACAGAGUGGUUGCCAGAUCAGGAGCUGCCUCUCUCCCCCUGGGAUCUGGUCAGGAAGCCCCUCAGUCAGAGCGUCACCAUCCGCCUCAAAGGUCUGUCUGAGUCGUGUCUCCAUGAGUCGGCUCUGGAAAGCCUCUUCCCUCUGCCGCUGCUGCACAACUACGUCCGCCUGGUGGAGCAGUAUGGAAACCUGAUCUUCCACGGGCUGGAGGGCAGCUGUCUGGAGUUCAUCGCCAACCUGGUGGCUCGCUGCAUCAAGUCAAAGCAGGAUGUGGGGGGGCUCGGCUGUGACGUGGUGAGGGUGGAGGUCGACGAGAGUCUGACCAAAGAGCAGCUGCUGGAGACCUUCAUCAGCUGUGGUUUCCUGGUGCCUGCGGGGGGGUCUGGCUCUCGCUGUGUGUUGGUGCUGCUCGAGGGUCUGGAGAGAGCCUCGUCUCUCAGCGGCCUGAUGGGAGAUCUCUGCCUCAGCCUAGACAGCCGGGGGUCUGGGGCACCGCUACAUCUGAGUACAGGUCCGCACCACUUCUCUGAGAGCAGCUUCCUGAUUGGCACGCUGUCUAGGCCCCGCCUCCAGGGCCCCGAGCUGAGGCUGCAGCAGCAUUUCCGCUGGGUGACGCUGCGCUGGGACCAGGAGCCGCUGCAAGGCAUGCUGGGAAGACACCUCCGCAGGAAGCUGAUCCACAAGACGGGGUCCUGUCUCUCCUCCCCCUCCUCCCCCCUUCAGAGCUCUGUAUUGUGGGUGAGGAACGUGUGGCAGCAGCUGAACGCCUGUCUGUCUCGUCUCGGGACCCCCGAGGCUCUGAUUGGCCCCCAGCUCUUCCUGUCCUGUCCUGUUCUGCCCGGUAACACACAGGCCGUCAUCAGGUGGCUGUCCCGGCUCUGGAACGCCGUGGUCGUCCCCCGCGUGGAGGAAGCUGUUAUCGCCCGGGUAACGGCCAGACGCUCCUCGACAACCACCUCUACUUCCUCAACGUCGUCGCAGAGACCGUCUCUUAGCAACACUGGUCUCAGCGCCGGGCAACAGGCCGUGGUGAAGGCGGCUCUCAGCAUCCUCGUCAACAAGGCCGUGCUGCAGGGCUGCCCUCUGCCCAGACACGAGAUUGACAGGUACCUGCUGGAGUUUAGGGGCGGGACCUUCCCUCUGUCGGCCAUCAGCUCCUAUAAAGGAGGAGGAGGAAGAGGAGGAGGGGGAGGAGGAGGGGGAGGAGGAGAAGGAGGAGGAGGAGGAGGAGGGAGGAAGGGGCGGGACAGUGGGAAGCUGAGGCGCUCCAACACCAGCCCCCGGAAGAAGGGAGGGACCCCAAACUGGAGCUCCGGAGGGUCCUUCAGAGAGGGUUCGCUCUCCAGCACUGAUGUCAGCUUCAUCCCCAACGGCAAAGUCCAGAGGGAGCCCACAGGUCUGUCUGUGUUCUCUGACGACGAGACAGAUUUAAUCCGGGAGCUGCAGACCAUGUGCUCCAGCAAGUCAGAGCCAGACAUCAGCAAGAUCUCUGAGACCAAAGACGACCUGAUCCUGUUCUCCAGCUCCUCCCAGAAGGCCGAGCGGGAAACGCCCGUCCAGACGACCGCCCCCACCCCCUGCAGCCCGGUUGCCGUGCAGAGCAGCGAGCGACGAUCAGGCCCCGCCCCCCGCUCCAAAUCCCAGCUCCCUGUCCCCAGCAGCAGCAGGGGGGGGGCGGGGCUUCAGACCCGAACCCCCCCGAUCCGCAGCAGGACAAAACAGGCGCCCCCCCCCCCCAAACAGCAGCAGCAGAGCAGCAGCAACAACAACUACUACCGCAACAACAACAUGAACGAAAACAGCCAAUCACACGAGGACAUUUGGAUCCUGCAUGAAAACAACAACAACAAGUGAACAGCUCCCAUCCUCUAACCCCCCCAGCUGUGAAACCCCUCCCUCCAUGAUGUAAGACUACCACGACUCUUUGACUCUUAGUAUUUGUACUUGUUAUCCGUACUUGUUACACUGUACUGCAGUUGUGUACUUGGGGACCACAGUUUUAUUCUAUCACAGUAUUUGAAGUAUUUGUUUUGGUCUGGUAAAGGAAUAAAAAAAUAACGGUUACUUUUACUGUUACCUCAUUCCAGGGUCUAAACAACCUGCUAAUGAUGGGACAGUAGAAUAAGUUGUAAAGUAUUUAACUGGUGGAAACUGCAGUAUUUCUGUGUACUUAGAGAAAUACUGCACCGAGGAGUAACUGAACGUGUUUUUGGAUCAAAGAAAGCAGGUUUUAAGUUUCUUUUUAUGGCUAUUAAGUAUUUUGAGAAGUGUUUUAUCUUUGAAUAGGUUGGUUUAAAUACUGUUGAGAUUAAUCAGGGUUUUACCAAAUAUAUUUGUACAUAAGAAUUAGUAAAUGCUCUAUAGAUUGGUGUACGUGGUAUGACGCUUGUACAGUGACGAUUAAAAACCUUAAAGCUGAAAAAAAGUGAGAAGUUGUACAUAGUGUUUGUAAAACCAGUUUCUGAACCCUUCACUUGUUUCAGAGUGGAGCGGCCGUGGCAAUAAGUAAUAGAUCUGUAAAAAACACAGGAUGUCCUUUCAACUGUAAGCCAUAAUAAAUAUUUUAAAUGCC